AUGGAUCCAGUUCAGGAAGAGGUUGAUCAACCUGUGAAACCUCAUGUGAAACCAGUAGCCGCAAAGGAGGUUGUACCUCAGACACAGAAGACUCCUGAACAGUCACCAACUACUUCUUCAACCAUCACUACUCAUCACUCCGCAGUUCAACGCAAGGCAUUGCUGCCAACCGCGGUUGUCAACGUGAGGGAUGUUUACGGCAAGUAUCAGGCUUGUCGAGUGCUUAUUGAUGGCGGAGGAGAGUGCACGAUGAUGUCAGAAGAGUGCGCUCAGAGACUUGCUUUACCUAGAUCCAAAGCUAGGAUUGCUGUUCAUGGAGCUGGAGAAGUGAAUGUAGGCUACACAAAAGGGCUAGUCCACCUGGAAGUCGUCUCAAGAUAUGAUCCGAAUGACAAAAUCGAGGUCCAAGCUUAUGUGAUGGAGAAGGUUACUUCCAAGUUGCCUUCCAUGGAUCUCUCAGGAUUUAAGUGGGAUCAUCUCAAGAGCCUGCAGCUUGCUGAUCCUCAAUAUACCGUUCCGGGGAAGAUAGACAUCAUUCUUGGGGCUGAAUACGCUUUUGAGAUCAACUUGCCGCAAACACUGAAAGGAGACUCUGGACAACCAAUAGCUCAGCUUACCAUUUUCGGAUGGAUUGUGGGUGGUCGGAUCGAUAGCCCACUCAACAGCAUCACUUCACUGCAUACGCAUUACAACUUGGAUGAGAUGCUAAAGAGAUUUUGGGAAGUUGAGGAGAGCUACCUCGACAAACAACCGCUACUCACAGAGGAAGAGGCCAUGUGUGAAGAACACUUCACACAAACACACACAAGGGACGACACAGGCCGUUAUGUCGUCAAAUUGCCGUUCAAAAAGGAUCAUAAACCAUUGGGAAAUUCAAGCUCAACAGCGCUGGCUCGUUUCCAGUCUUUGGAAAGGAAGCUAUCCCGAGACCCAGACUUCCAUAAACAAUACAAGGCGUUCAUGGGGGAAUAUAUUGGCUUGAAUCAUAUGGAACUAGUGACUGGACAUGAUCUGAAACCUGAGGAUGAGUUGUAUUUCUUGCCACAUCAAGCUGUUCUCAGACCUACAAGUGAGACAACCAAACUGAGAGUUGUCUUUGAUGCGUCAGCAACUACUCGCCCGAACAAUCCCUCGCUCAAUGAUAUACUGGCGAUUGGUCCUACCCGACAGGAUGACCUGCUUGUGUUGCUUUUGCGUUUUCGAACGUACAAAGUAGCUAUGUCCGCUGACGUAGAAAAGAUGUACCGGCAGAUUCUGGUGGCAAGUGAAGACAGAGAUUACCAAAGAGUGUUCUGGAGGACAAGUUCUCAGGAGAAGAUUCAGAUAUUUCGACUUUGCACCGUGACGUAUGGUACCUCAAGUGCACCGUUUCUUGCUGUGAGAGUUCUUCAUCAAAUUGCUAUGGACUACAAGGAUGAUUAUCCAGAGGCCUGUGAAGUUAUCUCCACAUCAUUUUACAUGGAUGAUUUGCUAUGUGGAGCUGAGUCCAUCGAAGAAAGCAAGAAACUUCAAAAGGAGAUUCAGGAUAUUCUAGGCAAGGGACAUUUUGUUCUUAGAAAAUGGGCAUCUAACUCUAGUGAGGUUCUAGAUCAAGUUCCGCCUGAUCUCCAAGCUAUUACACCCGACGAGGUCAAAGCACACACCAAAUCUAUCUCAGCCCUUGGGCUUAAGUGGUCACCAGGUCCAGACAACUUUUCUUUGGUUAUUGAUGCUCUACCCCUGGUAAGGACGAAACGAGAUUUGUGUGCUGCUGCAGCAAAGGUGUUUGACCCAUUGGGAUUUAUCUGCCCUGUCACGAUAAAUCUGAAGAUGAUGUUCCAAUCUCUUUGGCUCAUUCCUAACCUUAAAUGGGAUGAUGAACUGCCAGAUGAUACAGCGAGAGCCUAUGAGAGAAUGCAGACUGAAUUUUCCUUAAUUCAGAAAAUAGUCAUUCCGAGAGCGAUUCCAACUCAGAAGGAUGUAAUUGAAAUUCAUGGAUUCGCUGAUGCAUCAGAGCGAGCGUACGGAGCUGUCAUCUACGCGAAGGGAAUGGAUGCUGAUGGGAACAUCGAGAUCAACAUUGUGAUCGCCAAAUCCAAAGUGGCUCCCCUAAAACCAAUCACAAUCCCAAGAAUGGAGCUUAAUGCUGCUGUUUUGCUUACACAACUGGUCACAAAGGUCAAAGAUUCUCUGGGAAACAAGAUGGUGGAAGUUCAUGCGUGGUCUGACUCUACAAUCGUUCUUCAAUGGCUUCAAGAACCACCCAGGACAUGGAAUAAUUAUGUAGCUAGGCGUGUUUACGCUAUUCAAGAAGUCGUUCCACCCACUCAUUGGCGCCAUGUGCCUACGGCACAAAAUCCGGCAGAUUGUAUUUCCAGAGGAGUAUCCCCAAAGGAUCUUUUGGAUCAUCCCUUGUGGUGGCAUGGACCACAAUGGCUGAGUGAGAGUGAAGAGAAGUGGCCAGAGAACAAGGUGAAGAGGGGGAAAACAGGCGAAGAGAGAUCCUCCCAUGCAGUUUCCCUCGUGACGCAAAACCAAAUAGACCCUCUUGAUCUGCUGAUUGAGAGAACUUCCGGACACCUGAAGACCGUACGGUACCUAGCUUACUGGCUCCGUUAUAUUGGAAAUCUGAGGGUCAAGGAAGAAGAGCGAAAGACGGGUUUCCUGACAGUUAGUGAGUUGCAGAAUGCCACAACUUGUAUUCUCAAACACAUUCAGCAAAAAGCAUUUCCGGUUGAAUACAAGAGCUGUGGCCAAGGACACCCUCUUCCGAGAUCGAGUAAGUUGCUGAAACUUGUUCCUUUCCUGGACAAAGAUGGACUGAUGCGGGUUCAAGGCCGACUGGCAAACUCAAACAUGGAUUACUCCACACAGCACCCCAUCAUCUUGCCAUCUACUAACAAAUUUGUGAGAGACCUGAUAGUGUUCACCCAUGAGAUGAAUCUUCAUGCUGGACCGGCGAUUCUGAUGAACACUUUACGCACGAAAUAUUGGAUUCUUGGGCUCAGGAAUCUUGUCAAGGGCAUCACCAGGAAGUGUGUGAAGUGCAUCAAGGCGAAACCAACCACUGAGACACCGUUUAUGGGCGACUUGCCUGCAGCUAGAGUCCAACAGAACAGGCCAUUUUACCAGACGGGUUGUGAUUUCGCGGGACCCAUCAAGAUUCGCGCAUCCAAGCUGAGGAAGGCUCCGGUCAUGAAGGCCUACAUAUGUGUAUUCAUAUGCAUGACCACGAAGGCGAUGCAUCUUGAGGCCGUCAGUGAUCUGACCACUGACGCUUUCCUGGCGAGUCUACGGAGAUUUACUGCACGUAGAGGGCAUUGUCACACAAUUUUCUGUGACAAUGGUACUAAUUUCCUUGGUGCAUCAGGGACAUCCCGUGAAGAAAGGCUCAAGGGAAUCCGUACCCACCAGCACAAGGUGACUUCAGAGAUGUCAGGUAAUGGAACACGAUUUAGUUUCAUUCCAGCCCAUUCACCCACGUUUGGAGGUCUUUGGGAACGUGGGGUUUCCAGUGUGAAAUCUCAUCUUCGACGAGUGCUGGGGGAAAGUCUGCUGACUUUCGAGGAACUAGCAACAGUUCUGGCACAAAUAGAAGCGUGCCUGAACUCACGCCCACUCUGUGCGAAGUCUUCGGACCUAGAUGACAAUGAACCAUUGACACCCGGCCAUUUCCUGGUCGGACACGCCAUGAAUCUGACCCCUGACCCAGAUUUGCUUGAAGUUAAUCCCAACCGUUUAAGCCGAUGGUUACUACUUCAGCGCAUGGUGCAACAUUUCUGGAAGCGCUGGCAUAUGGAGUAUAUCACAUCGCUUCAACACAGACCCAAAUGGUACGAGAAGAAGAGGAACCUCUGUGUUGGAGAUUUAGUGCUGCUUCGAGAUAACCUUCUCAAACCCACUUACUGGAGAAUGGGAAGAGUCACUGCUGUCCAUCCGGGCAAAGAUGACAUCGUUCGGGUCGCAACAGUGAAGACAUCCGACGGCAUGCAGAAACGGGCAGUCAAUACCUUGGCCUGGCUGCCCACAGACGGUUUCUUGAGCCCCUCCAGGACUCAAGAGGGGGAAAAUGUGGGAAAUGAAGACGAACAAAAGGCCAACCGUCGCAAACAUUUGAAUUGA